ACUUCAGUUUUAAAAGGUCAAGGUUAAGUAAUAUUCCGCCAUAUUAUUUUCCACAAAUUUGUAAGUAUUAAUGAGUUUUCAGCCCAUACAGCCUCAAAAGACUUAUAAGUUCUAUAAAUUUGAAAGAAUAUCUAAUCAAUUGUUCACCUUCCGAUCUUUAUAUAUCCAGUUGUUAGAUAUUGAUCAUUAUUAAAUAAUCAUGCAUGGUGGAAACAGGGACAAUCAUGAAUUUUCCUUGUUUAUCAACUGUGUAUUCUAUCGAAAAGAUAUCGCAUAAAGACUUAUCUGAUUAUUUAUUGCAGCUGGCUACUGGGAUUGAGACUCCAGGGGCCAAUAAUUGCAUGCUAAUAAGGUAAUUAAAUCAUUCACUAUAACUAAUAGUUUUAAAACAAACGAUUUCUCCUAGUCCAUGUCUACGCCUCAUCUGUCAUUUGGCAGCGGUGGCUUGUACGGUGCAAACACAAGUAGCACGGUUAGCAAUCUCACUGCGUCCUUUCAACGUCCCAUAUCGGCAUCUAACCAAUUUGGAAGGCCGGUAACACCAACAUCACCUUCAAGCCAACUUUCGCAAGGAGUGUUGAAUAGUCCCGUAAGAACACCAAGACAGAUGCCUUCUGUUGUGCCAGCACCACAGCUUAACGUUAAUAAACGACCUUUAGGGCCUCAAGCCAAUUUCUUGAACUCAUCCGGACCGUCUUUACCGUCAGUGUUCCCCAGAAGUCAAAGUCAAUUGGACCAGCCUAAUCUCGACUUAUCGGAAUUUCCGUCGUUAGGUCGUAGCUCAAGUUUAUCAUCUGCAAUAUCGACGCCGCGAAAUUACGUUAGCAUGGUGAACAAACAGUCUCAGGAAACGUCGUCAGAAUUCCAGAUUCAGAACGAAGACUUUCCUGCUUUACCCGGAUCGACUCCUUCGACACAAACAACAGUAAUAGAUGGUCGACCGUCAUCAACUGGAAGCGUUAUGAAUCAAACGACGAUCGUUAACCGGGAGACUUCACGACAAACGGAUGAUAAAAAGGGAAUUCAGACAUCUCGAGACGGAAUUGUUUCCAAUAUACCAUCGAAUAUGGUUACAGAUCAAUUUGGCAUAGUCGGACUUCUAACCUUUAUUCGAGCGGCCGAAAAUGAUCAAAGUUUAGUAGCUUUAGCUCCCGGCAUAGAUUUGACGACUCUAGGCUUGAAUCUAAACGCUCCGGAUAACUUAUAUCCUACAUUUUUAUCACCUUGGGCGGACGGACCGUGCCGGCCACAAGACAUCGAUUAUCACGUUCCGACAGAGUAUUUGACGAAUAUGUACAUCCGAGAAAAAUUGGCUCCCAUAAAACUAAAUCGAUAUGGAGAAGAUUUGCUCUUCUUUCAGUUUUAUAUGUACGGUGGGGAUUUAAUGCAAAUAGGAGCCGCAGCCGAAUUAUAUCACCGUGAUUGGCGAUACCAUAAGGAAGAAAAAGUGUGGAUUACAAGGGUUCAAGGUGUCGAUCCUAGUUAUAAAUCUUCAACAUACGAAAGAGGAACGUAUUAUGUUUUCGACGUGUCAACAUGGCGAAAAGUUGCUAAGGACAUGACGAUAGAAUACGAUAAAUUGGACGAAAGACCUGUAAUGCCUCACCCUCAAACGUAG